AUGAGCACCUGGCCAAGUGGUCUCCGCCCGGAUCGCAAGCUGCUUGGAGAGGUAGCCAAUUCCGAAAUAUACUGUGGCACGAUACUCGCCCCGUUGGCCAGUGGCAUCAUUGCGGGCAGUCCCAUCGGUCCGGUCAUCGGCAUUCGGCAUCUGCAGGCGUUGCUGCUCUUUUUAGCCAUAGUCGUGAACUACGUGGCGCGGCUCAGUGUAAGCGUGGCCGUGGUGGCCAUGACUGACGCAGCCACAAGCAAUCCUGAUUUCCCCGAGUACAACUGGACCGGCGCGGAGACAUCAUAUGUUCUGUCCAGUUUUUACUGGGGCUACAUUGUAACUCAGUUUCCAGCCGGCUUUCUGGUGCGCCGCUUCGGGGCUAAGGCGGUGCUUCUCGUGCCCACUCUUGCCACCGCGGUGCUGAGCGGGAUCACGCCUCCCUGCGUCGCCUGGGGCGGAUGGCAGGCCUUCAGCGUCAUCCGGGUAGUCGAGGGCCUGUUUCAGGGCCUCAUUUUCCCGUGUAUCCACGAGCACCUGGCAAAGUGGUCGCCGCCUAAAGAACGAAACAGGCUGGGAGUACUUGCCUACUCGGGGGCCGACUGCGGGUCAGUUUUGGCCAUGGCUAGCAGUGGCUUAAUCGCCAACAGCUCCAUGGGCUGGCCAGGAAUCUUUUAUAUGUCGGCGGGAACGUGCGGAUUGUGGUGCGUGCUUUGGCUGCUUCUGGGCUACAAUAACGCGCCUAACUCCCGACUGAUAGGCGCACAGGAGCGGGACUACAUCGAGCGGUCAAUGAAGCGGCCUGACGGAUUCCACGCCAAGAAGAUCCCGGUUCCGUGGCGAGCAAUCUGGACCUGUGCUGCUUUCUACGCCCUGUUGAUUGUUCGAAGCGCCCAGGGCUGGGCCAAUUCCACGAUGCAGCUACAGACACCUUCGUACAUGCAUGGUGUUCUGGAAAUGGACAUCAAAAGCAAUGCGCUCUACUCGGCGCUGCCCUUCCUGGCGAUGUGGUGCAUGGCGUACGUCUAUCUGGCCUUUGCUGAUCUCGCCAUGUCCCGGAAAUGGAUGUCCCUCACUGCGCUGCGGAAAUCCAUCAACACGGUCUCUUACUGGGGACCUGCAGCGGCGCUGAUCGGCAUCGGGUUCCUUGACAAGAGCCAGACCAACCUGGCGAUCGCCUUGAUGACUAUCAACGCCGGCUUGAACGCUGGUUCCGGCAUCGGGAGCAUUCUGACAAUCAUCGACAUGUCUCCCAAUCACUCCGGCAUGCUUAUGGCUAUUGUGAAUGGAAUCGGAAAUAUAUUUCCUCUUCUGACGCCCCUCUUGGUGGGGGUGAUUGUAACAGAACCGGGCUCUCGUAGUCAGUGGCAGAUCGUGUUCGGCAUGACCGCCGUGGUGUUCUUUUUCGGCAAUCUGGUGUAUCUUAUUUGGGGCACGACAGACCAGCAGGCGUGGGACGCUGAGGACUACCUGAGUCCCCGGGACCAGGAAGCCAAGUCCGAGCACCAGAUGGACCUGAAGUCCAAGCAGAAAAGCCCGGAGUCCCCAACAACUUGAUUAGCAACAGCCUACACGACGAGGACAUGGUGUAUGGAUUGGAAAGAAAAGUUAAGCUGCCCAACGCUGAUUAAACGCAUUUUGGGUCCGGAAUUCUGCGUUUUAAUUAGAAAUUCUCAUUGCGUUCCUCCGCCCGCGUUUGUAUUUUAAUUUCUUGUUUGUACGCAUUUCCUUCUCUGGCCGCAGAAAUUUAAUAGAAAAUUCUUACUAUUUCUUUGAAUGAAUUCAUUUUCUAUUUCUGUCCGCAUUUGCAUGCGAACGGCACAGGACCCUCCAGCCAAGCAACAAGAUUGGGCUCCCGCUCACCAGUCCCAGCCAAGCCCGCCCCAUCUAUAUGCUUAUCCUACUCCGCGUCUCCGUCCCCGACUUCGUCCUGGGCAGUCGGCAGCGGGACAGUCAGUCAACGCAGAGCGGCAAACGGCAGGACAGGCACACAGCAAGGAAAAAACUUUGCACACAAAUCAGAAAAAUGGACACUUGGUGGAAUUUAUGCACGAACGCGUGCGCACAGUACGUCGCAUGGCCAUAUUCGGAAUGGUCUUGCGGUGGCAAUGUUUGCCACCAUCCGGGUGGGGAGAGGAGGCUCGAAGCCAAAAGAGGCUUAUGGCCUGGCCAGCAAGCGGCUGCGGUGCGUUUCUGUGGCGCAGACAAAAACCAAAACCGAAACCAAAACGAAAAUGUUUUUCAAUUAAAAACGUUGCGGAGCGAGCACAAAAAUUCAUUUGAAUCGCCGAAUCACUUUCCUUGUCCAUGCUUUCCUCUUUCACCGCUACCAUGACCCACCCAAUCCCCGAAGCUGCGCCAAUAAAAAGCUAUAAAUGGUCGCAGGAUUUUAAUAGAUUCGGGUGUUCGUACAUGUACUCCCCCGCAUGUAAACAAGUUCCAUAAGCAACUGUUCUCAGCUAAUUAGACAGACAUUGGGCUCUUUUACGUUUUGCACCAAUAAAGGCAAUAUGCUGUGUGUUACAAAUGUCCUCUCUAUGACA